UUUUCAGGUUGGCCAUUGCUAUAACCAUGCUAUAACCUUGAGUUUCAACAAAAGUUUUAAGUAAAAAUGACUUCUCCAGGAUCUGCAGUGGACUCCUUGAGUGCUGCUAUAAAAUGUAAUAUAAUACCAAACCAGGAAUAUUUGCUACAGGGUUCAGUUCUCGACCAGUACGUAGAAGUCCUUCUUCAUCGACUCCGUGGUUUGUGCGAUAAUGUUGAUAGUGGCCCCGAAUCGUUCAAUGAUCAUGAGCUGUGCUUCACACUGCGUGGUAAUACACCUAAUUCUUCAAUGGUUUUGCCCUUACGUGUGAGAAGAGCCCUAGAUGUACCAGACGCCCCCUGGCAACUUCGGUACGUGGGUCAGCACGAAUUGGGGGACAAAAACAGACCAACCGCAGUACGUUCUAGUAUAGAUAUGGCCUGCAGUUCUACUAUUGUGGAAUUUUUAACAGAAUUAGGAUGUAGAGUGGACUUUGAAUACAUUGCCCGUGGUUACAUGUUUAGAAAAGGCAGGAUGAAAAUUACUGUGUCCAAAAUAUUCAAAAUGGGCAGUAUGGCAAGUAAACCCAACGAGAGCGUCGAGCCUAUUUCCCAGAGUUAUCUGGUAGAACUAUCAGUCCUUGCUCCUUCAGGACAAGAUGCUAUUGCCGAAGACAUGCGUAUAUUUGCUGAACAACUAAAACCGUUAGUACAGUUGGAAAAAAUAGACUACAAAAGACUGGCUCACAUUCAGUGAGCUUAUGUGAUACUGAUAAUUAAGUGUAUGUAAUAAUUCAUCAUAUUUUUAUUUAUUUAUAAGAACUGACUUGUAAUUAUGGUUUU